AUGGAGACUGUUAAGAACGCCGCCAACUACGUCGCCGAGACCGUCCAGGGCACCGGUGCCACCGCCUCGAAGGAGGCCAACAAGGAGGUCGCGAAGGACUCCGAUGCCGGUGUCAAGACCCGCGCCAACGCCGCUAUGGAUGCGCUUGGCGAUAAGAAGGACGAGUACUCCCACAACACCAAGGCCGAUGUCCACAAGGAGGCUGCUAAGCACUAA